AUGGAUAAAGUUAUAUAUAUUAAGGAAGUUAAGAAAGCUUGCGAUGGUUUGAUAAAUUACUACAAAGGAUCUGAUAAGGUCAAGAAGGUUAGAUUACAAACCUUGAAGAGAAAAUAUGAAUUGCUGCAGAUGGAAACUACUGAAACAAUAUCAGAUUUUUUCUCAAAUACAUUGAAUCUUGUCAAUGAGAUGAAGGUUAAUGGUGAUACAAUAGAAGACUCUGCAAUUAUAGAGAAGAUUUUACGUAGCUUACCUAAAAAAUUUGAAUCAAAAGUUACUGCAAUAGAAGAAUUUGAAGAAGCAUUACAGAGUCAAGUCAGAUGGACUAACAAUCAAGGAAAUUCAAAUUCUGGAGGAAGACCUAAUAAUGGAAGCUAUCAAGGAAGAUAUAAUACUGGAGGAAGAUCAAAUAAUGGAAGUUAUCAGGGAAGAAGGCCAACAGUUGCUAAUAACUACCAAGCAAACUUCAAAGCAAACUUCAAAGCAAACAUAGCUGGAAGUCAAGAAGAAGAAGAAGAAGAAGAAGAAGAAGAAAAAGCUGAAAAUAUGUCGUUGGCUUGUCAUACACUUGAAGAAAAACCUCAACAUAAGUGGUAUUCAGAUACACGUUGCAGUAAUCAUUUCUGUGGAAGAAAAGAUUUGUUUGACAAUCUUGAUUAA